AUGGUGUGUCAUACGCACAUGACUAAACCAGCUGUGAUCACCCCGAAAAAGUUCAAUGAUGUCUACCUGUACGACACGCCGCCGUUAAGAUGCUCCCCCAUACCAGUUUCCGGCCACAGUCCCGGAAUCAGUCCGCGGGAUCAAGUUAACGAUUGUUACGACGUGCCCCCCCGAGCCAUUCCAGUGGGGCACGAGACCUACCGAAAUUGCCCCAGAUUCUCCCCAGCGCCCUCGUCGUGCGUCUCCCCCAUAAGUCGAGAAUCGGGCGAGGCCUACGAUAUUCCCCGAUCGCUCAACAUCAACCAUCCACUCACCUCAUCGAGUUCGGCCAGCUCCCUGACAGCCGACUCACUAAGUUCCUCAAACCGUAGCAGCAUGACCAACAUGCCCGACUACGACAUUCCUAGACCGCUUAAUCGGGGCCCCCAGCUGGUGUUGGCGCCUCCGCAGCCCACCUACGACGUUCCUCCAUCUCAGCAGCAACUGAAAGAACUACCGUUAGAGUUAAAUUCAGCUUUGGAAAAUUUGGAGAGGCUAGAGACUGAUACGUUGAGUGCAAUUUCAAAGUUACUCGGGUUUGUUUGCCCCAAUUGGCGAACGCGAGAAAAAUUGGAAAACAAUAGACUGGAAAUCAAACUGGCUGUAACGAGGCUACGGACAUCCCUUCACGAUUUGGCGGAAUUCGGCGAAGGUUCGCUGGGAAAUGCGGCGAAAGCUUCCGAUAAAAAUUUAGUGGUCAAACUGGCGCCUCAAGUUUCAGCGCUUAGAAAAUCCGACGCGUUAGUACAAGGGGCGUCAGAAGUACUGGAAAGGCACAGAUGGGCACUCAGUUUGCUGGCACGGCCAGAAACUUCCGACAAAGCUUCCAAACCCGAUGAACUAGAGCAGCUGGUGGCUUGCGCCAGAGCUUUAACGGAAGAUGUCCGGCAAAUAGCGUCCUUUAUUCAAGGGAACGGAACGCUUCUGUUCAAGAAAGAACAACCUAUUAGUUCAACCGAAUGGGCGGAAGAGUACGAUUAUGUAAGUUUCGAUUCCAAAGAAAACGUUUCCAAGCAGAAUGCCCAAAUUCUCAGCGAGCUUCCACAAGAACUGAAAAAGGGCUUCGACAACUGCGUUAAACACGCAGACGACGCCGUUUUCGAAGAAGGCAGCCCAGCAUUACCACACGACGAUAAGCAACUUCUCAAAUUUUUUGCAUCGCAAAUUAUCACGCACCACACCAAUUUAACACAUGCCAUAGACUCUUUCCUUCAGACGGUAGAGCAUAAUCAUCCGCCCAAAAUCUUUCUCGCCCAUGGCAAGUUUGUAGUACUCAGUGCCCAUAAAUUAGUUCACAUAGGAGAUACAGUUCACAGAAAUAUUUCAUGUAAAGAUAUUAAAGAACGAACCUUGCGUUUAGCCAACGCUUUAUCGGAUGCUUUGGCCACUAGCGUGAAUAAGACGAAACAAGCAGCACUUCAAUUUCCUUUGGUCAGUGCGGUUCAGGAGAUGGUUGAUUCGAUCGUUGAUAUUUCGCAUUUGGCCAAAGAUCUGAAGGUUUGCCUUGUACAGGCCGCUCAUCCUUUAUAAUUUUAAGUUCGACAAGUCACAGAGAAAAACAUCCGAGCGCACUAAUUUCGUCAAUCAGUCACAUUGAGUUUCAUUUGCCAACUACUGUUUUUCUCUGUAACAAUGUACCUACUACUUGAUUUGAUACUACUAUUUUUCUACGUCAUUUAAGUGUUUUCCACGCUCCACACGCCAUAGUUCUAAAAUGUGUACAAAAAUAAUAUUUAAUUUUAUAUCAGCUGCAAAAAUUAGGGGCGUGGAAAGCAGUUAACGUUUGGUUGUUUGUGAAUCGCUCAAACUAAUUGCCAACCUGGAGGAGUUUCUAUUAAGUUCGAAAGCUUUAUUGUUUUUAUUAGUUGUAUAAACAUUUUUAUUUCAAUAAAUUUUACGUUGACUUUUA